UGUCAGUUGAAAAAUUAUCGUCAAGCUGUUCGGUUGUUAAAUAAAGUUUGUGCGACUCGUAUAAAAACAAAAUGUUUGCAGCAAAAAAUUAUGUAUGGAGAUGUGAGGAAAUGGAAAAAAAGGAACAGGAAUCCACUAACCUGGAAGAGUAUCCACCAGAGCUUCUGAUCAAACAUCCUCUUCAGCACACAUGGACUUUGUGGUAUUACGAACCUGAUAAACAAAAAUCUUGGGAGGAAAGUCAAAGAGAAAUCACGAGCUUUGACACUGCUGAAGAUUUUUGGAGUUUAUACAAUCAUAUUAAACCCGCUUCUGAGUUGAGACAAGGGUGUGAUUACAGUAUGUUCAAACAAGGCAUUCGGCCUAUGUGGGAAGAUGAAGCCAAUAAACAUGGAGGAAGAUGGCUCAUGACAUUAGAAAGGAAACAAAGAACCUCUGAUCUUGAUCAUUUUUGGCUUGAAAUUCUACUAUGUAUGAUUGGUGAAGCAUUCAAUGAACACUCUGAUGAUGUUUGUGGUGCAGUAGUUAAUGUUAGACCUAAAACUGACAAAUUAGGAAUUUGGACCGCCGAUUCUAGCCGAGCAACAAGUGUCAUUGAAAUUGGAAAAAAACUUAAAGAAAGAUUACGAAUUUCGCCAAAACAAAUAAUAGGAUAUCAAGUACACAAAGAUGUUAUGGUAAAAGCUGGAAGCAUCACUAAAAAUACUUAUCAAGUUUAAUUUUUUUUCAUUGAAUUUAUAUUUAAUUCACUUUCAUAUUUAAUUAUUCAUUUGCACUUAUAUGAAAUUUCAUUAGAUAGUUGGACAAAAAAACUAACAAAA